GGCGGCGCGCCGCUUGUGUCAUCCGCCAUUUUGUGUGAGACAAGGUGGCCUCCACGUUCCCUGCGCGUCUUCUCCGCUUCUGCCUCGACCGCCCCUUGACCACAGACAUGUCUCGGGAUCGGUUCCGGAGUCGCGGCGGUGGCGGUGGCGGCUUCCACCGGCGCGGAGGCGGCGGCGGCCGUGGCGGCCUUCACGACUUCCGCUCCCCGCCGCCAGGCAUGGGCCUUAACAAGAACCGCGGCCCUAUGGGCCCGGGCCCAGGAGGCCCCAAACCUCCGAUCCCGCCGCCGCCUCCGCACCAGCAGCCACAGCAGCCGCCGCCCCAGCAACAGCCGCCGCCGCAACAGCCACCGCCGCACCAGCAGCCGCCACCGCACCAGCCACCCCAUCAGCAGCCGCCGCCGCCGCCGCCAGACGCCUCUAAACCGGUCGGUCCUCCGGGGCCCGGCGCCGCGCCGGGAGUAGGCAGCGCUCCGCCGGCAUCGGGGUCGGCCCCGCCGGCUACCCCUCCGACUACUGGCGCUCCGCCAGGGCCCGGCCCCACCCCGACUCCGCCGCCCGCGGUCACCUCGGCCCCCCCAGGGGCGCCUCCGCCCGCGCCUCCGAGCAGCGGGGUCCCGACCACUCCUCCACAGGCCGGGGGCCCGCCGCCUCCUCCCGCAGGAGGCCCGGGUCCCGUGCCUAAGCAGGGUCCAGGUCCUGGCGGCCCCAAGGGCGGCAAAAUGCCUGGUGGGCCGAAGCCCGGCGGCGGCCCAGGCCUGAGCACGCCUGGUGGCCACCCCAAGCCUCCACACCGAGGCGGCGGGGAGCCCCGUGGCGGCCGCCAGCACCACCCGCCCUACCACCAGCAGCACCACCAGGGCCCCCCUCCCGGCGGACCCGGCGGGCGCAGCGAGGAAAAGAUCUCCGACUCGGAGGGAUUCAAAGCCAACUUGUCUCUCUUGAGGAGACCUGGUGAGAAAACGUACACACAGCGCUGUCGAUUGUUUGUUGGGAAUCUACCUGCUGAUAUUACAGAAGAUGAGUUCAAAAGACUGUUUGCUAAAUAUGGAGAACCAGGAGAAGUUUUUAUCAAUAAAGGCAAAGGAUUCGGGUUUAUUAAACUUGAAUCUAGAGCCUUGGCUGAAAUUGCCAAAGCUGAACUUGAUGAUACACCCAUGAGAGGUAGACAGCUUCGGGUUCGUUUUGCUACUCAUGCUGCUGCCCUUUCUGUGCGAAAUCUUUCACCCUAUGUUUCCAAUGAACUGUUGGAAGAAGCCUUUAGCCAAUUUGGUCCUAUUGAAAGGGCUGUUGUAAUUGUGGAUGAUCGUGGAAGAUCUACAGGAAAAGGCAUUGUUGAAUUUGCUUCUAAGCCAGCGGCAAGAAAAGCAUUUGAAAGAUGCAGUGAAGGUGUUUUCCUACUGACAACAACUCCUCGUCCAGUCAUUGUGGAACCACUUGAACAACUAGAUGAUGAAGAUGGUCUUCCUGAAAAACUUGCACAGAAGAAUCCAAUGUAUCAAAAGGAGAGAGAAACACCACCUCGUUUUGCUCAGCAUGGCACAUUUGAAUAUGAAUAUUCUCAGCGAUGGAAGUCUUUGGAUGAAAUGGAAAAACAACAAAGGGAACAAGUUGAAAAAAACAUGAAGGAUGCAAAAGACAAGUUGGAAAGUGAAAUGGAAGAUGCUUAUCAUGAACAUCAGGCAAAUCUUUUGCGCCAAGAUCUGAUGAGACGCCAGGAAGAGUUAAGACGAAUGGAAGAACUUCACAAUCAAGAAAUGCAGAAACGUAAAGAAAUGCAAUUAAGGCAAGAGGAGGAACGGCGUAGAAGGGAAGAAGAGAUGAUGAUUCGCCAACGGGAGAUGGAAGAACAAAUGAGACGCCAAAGAGAGGAAAGUUAUAGCCGGAUGGGCUAUAUGGACCCAAGAGAAAGAGACAUGAGAAUGGGUGGUGGAGGAGCAAUGAACAUGGGAGAUCCCUAUGGUUCAGGAGGCCAGAAAUUUCCACCUCUAGGUGGUGGUGGUGGCAUAGGUUAUGAAGCUAACCCUGGCGUUCCACCAGCAACCAUGAGUGGUUCCAUGAUGGGAAGCGACAUGCGUACUGAGCGCUUUGGGCAGGGAGGUGCGGGGCCUGUGGGUGGACAGGGUCCUAGAGGAAUGGGGCCUGGAACUCCAGCAGGAUAUGGUAGAGGGAGAGAAGAGUAUGAAGGUCCAAACAAAAAGCCCCGAUUUUAGAUGUGAUAUCUAGGCUUUCAUUCCAGUUUGUUUUUGUCUUUUCUUGUUUAGAUACCACUUUUAAAUUCUUGCAUUUUAGUAAGAAAGCUACCUUUUUAUGGAUGUUAGCAGUUUAUUGACCUGAUAUUUGUAAAUGGUCUGUUUGGGCAGGUAAAAUUAUGUAAUGCAGUGUUCAAAACAGGAGAAAUUUUUUUCCUUUUAUUUCUUUUUUUAAACUGUAUAAUGUUCCUCAAGUUAAUGGCAGUGUACCUUGUGCCACUGAAUUUCCAAAGUGUACCAAUUUUUUUUUACUGUGCUUCAAAUAAAUAGAAAACAUAGUUAAUACUGAUCUUCAACUUUGCCAUUCAUGCUUCUAUGCACAUUAGGCUAGGUAUUCCACUUUGAAAGCAUGAGAGUGUCUAGGCCUUUGAAUGGCAUAUGCCGUUUCUGGGAAAUGUAUCUGGAAGCUUAAGCAUUGCUUUCUACAAAGAACUGCCCUCUUGUUUUAAAAAGAAAUGCAUCUCAAAGUAGUUCAUGAUUUGUUUGGCAUUAUAGGAAGCAAGCUGGUGCUAAGUAAUUUUUUAAUGGUUAUGUAAGCAAAGCUGAACUGUAAAUCUUCAUUCAGGAAUAUGUGUAUGGAAUGGGUGUAAGCUAUUGGUAGGGGGAGAAAGUGGGUUUGGUUAAAUGGAUCUUUCAUGGCCCUGUGAUCUACCCUUUCUUUGAAAGUUUUUGAAACGUAGAAAUACCAUUUUGUUGCAUUUCCCCUAUUCUUGUUUUUAAAAGAACAAAUUCCCAAGCCCUACAAAAUGGCUUGUACUGAACUUUUGCAUUUGAAUUAAAGAUUGUUAAACAUGGAAGCCUUUUCAUGUAUUCUAGUGAUUUAUAAAAGAUGGUGGGAAAAUUCAACUUGAAAGUAAGGUUUAGAUACUUAAAGUAGGUUUACUCUUCACAUUUGUACUCUAACUUAUAUUUCCUCAUGCUAUUUUUGUUGUGCAAAAUGUGUAGAACUAUGAGAAUGAUUUUCUCAAGAGGCAUAGUGACUUAAUAGUUGGUAGGUAAUCAUCCUUAAAAAAUUUUGUUCCCUAGUUUUAAAUAAUUUUUUUUUUGAUUAGUACUGAAUCUGGAGAGAUUUGCUAAUGGUAUGUAGUACAAAUACCCCUUCUUCCCAGCAUAAAGCUUUGGAAUUUUUCGAUGGUGUUGUCAGUUACUUGUCAACUUCAUUGAAUAUCCUUGCAUUAGAACAAAGACUUUUUUAAAUUGUAGAACAAAGACUUUUUGAUUCAACAUUAGAUUGCUUACUGUUGGUCUGUUAGUGUAAUGGGAGCUUGAUUUCCUUCCCAGUUAGAAACAACUUCCUUCAGUAGGCAAAGUAAUUGAAUGGUUUGGCUUUGUUUUUAGUUAUGUUUCCAUUCAAGUCUCUCUACAUUAUAGAACGUUGACUAUGGAAUGACUUCCUUCUUUUCACCUGUUGUGUUAAUUGGCAAAAGAAAAAUUCUAAAAUGUUUGCUAACAUGUUGAAGUGUAGUACUGUGCCUGACUACAAGAAGGAAAUAGAGUAAUUUCUGAAUAGGUAAAGGAUAAUUUUAAGCAAAACACUAGUGGAGUAGAAAGCAUGUAACCAAAUUCUAGUUGUAUGACUGACAGGUACAUGGUGUGCUAAGUAAGGAAAGACUCUUCUUAUCAGAUAUACUCAUUUCUACUCACCAACACACUUAGAAAUCAGUUUUGCCCUAAAUAUUUCAAUAAGAAAAGUUUGGCCCCAAGUUAAUAUCAACUGGUGAUAUGAGAUUUUCUGUAUGGAAACAAGGGUCAUGAUUUAAAAGGAGUCCAUUACAAUUUUGUUGAAUUGUAUGAUAGGGACUCUAAUGACAAGAUCAUGGGUGUUCAUGGGACACCCAUAGGGUGAACUUGGAAUGUAUGUGGGUGGGGGCUGGAGGGGAGAUGGGAAAAUCUGCCUAUAAAAUUAAUGUUUCAGUUUAUUUUUCAGAUUACAUGCCUUUCUUUAUAAGGGAUGCUGGCACAGACCCCUAAAAUAAGCUCUUUUGGUAGUACUAUACCCUUGAAGAGUGGUGAAGGAAGCUAAUGGAUAAUCUACUGAAAAGUUGUGGCUUUUGAUAGCCUCACUGUGGGCUCUAGAAAUGCUAAACACUGUUUAGCAAAUAAUGCUUAGUUUGAACACAACAUUUAUCUUCAUCAUUGAAACAGUGUACCAAGGGUUGUAAGCGAUUUAGACUUUGAACAAGUCUUGCAAUGUAUAUAUGAUAGUUUUGUAUAUGAUAGUGUUUAGCGUAAUAUGAAUUUCAGUCAUCUAAAGAGUAGUUUCCUAAAAGUUGCUAAUGAAACUUAGAGUGGGAAAGGGAAGGGAAUAAUUGGAAGUAUUUUAUUUUUCUCAUUUGAAGAAACCACCUGCCCCUAUUUCCUCUUUACUUUCUCUCACAAUUUUUAUUUAAGAGGAACACUUUUAAAACAUUUCUCCUAAUCUUUACGUAUUGCAUUCUCUUAAGAAACUAGUGUAUUAAAUAGGUAUCUUACAAGGUUAGUCUAUUGGCUCACAUUAGUAAAACCAUAAUUCUUUCUGCCUUAGGAAAUUAAAUGCCUAAGUGCUAUAAAACCCCCUACUCUAUAGAUGUGUUAUAGCACUACUACAAACAGAUAAUUUGGGAAAUUGUAAUGUUACGCCUGUGAAAUUUUUUAAGUGGCAUAUUAUGGCACAUUAAAAUGUAGAUACUUGGCUUGGGGUAAGCCAUAAAGUUGUGGCGGAAUGUUUUGUGGUGUUCUUGGACUGCAAUAAUGCACUAUUAAAGUAGUGGCCUGCUACAUAACUGCAUUUAGCCAGCAUUUCUGCAGUGCGUAACUGUGAGGAACGUAGUACCGCAAAUGGCAAUGGACAUUAGGACCCGGAUGUAGUAUUCCUGCUUGCUCCAAGAUUCUCAUUGCCGACUGCAUACAGGUAGGUAACAAGCAAUAUAAUCUAACUUGGUGACUUGCUAUGUACUUUUAUUCCGUGGGCAUUCUGACAUCACACUUCUGACAAUGAAAUUACAGUGCAGCACCUAAAACACUUGUAUGAUAAAGCUUAGCUUAUCAAAAACUGCGUGGGUCUGGGGUAGAGCUGUAAUUGAUGAGGCAGAAUGUGGUGCUGUUGCAGUUCUGAGAUACAAAGGACAAACUUGAUUCUCUUGUUGUGUGGUUUUCUUUUAUUUGCAUUGUAUGUGAAAAUAACAUGGUAUAUACCACUGGUAUGUGGGGGAGAGGGAACAAAACCAUACUUGGAAACUAGGAUGCUCAUAACACCUUGAUAAUGGGCUGUAUAGCAUGUGAUAAUUAGUCCCUAGUGUAGCAAACUGACCUCAUACAUAGGUCAGCAAUGUGUAAUUCCAUUAUGCAAGCUUGGUUCAUUGUUCUCCAGGUUGAGUGAAUUGACAGGUUUUUUUUUUUUAAUAGGAAAUUUUUUUUUCAAGUAUGGGCUUCAUGGGAAUAUCUUGAUUACUUAACUUGGGAUUAGAUGGGAAGACUUGUCUCAAUGUUUAUACACUAAACUUGGGGAAGUGGUGUGAAACAUGGACUUGGCCAACAGUUGGGAAUGCUUCCCAAACAUAAAACUUCGUCGUAUUCUGUAGUGACUGCAUUUGUUCAGAGUAGCUUUUUGAACCUGCUUCCCUUAGCUUUAGGGAUGUGAUAAUACAGUCACAAAAUGAAUGUUUAAUGACAAGAAAAGUCUUGAAAAGCAUCUUUUGUUGCUUAGAACUUAAAGCUUUGCAUCAGUUGUUGUCGCAGACCUCAAUGCAACUUUAGUAGUCUCCAAACAUUUUUAGCUAGCAUGCAUGAAAAAUGACAUUUACUUACAAUUCUUCCUGCUCUAUAUGUAGCUGGAAAGUUUGAUUUUUUACUUUGCAUAAAUGCUGGUGAAAACUUCCUGACUAUAUGAUUUUUCUUUCACUUUGCAAGGAAAGUAGCUUGCUCUUUGGUAACCAAGUCACAGGGUGGGGGCAGAUUUGUACUUGAAUAUGUAGUCCAUUCAAGGAAACCACUUGUCUUCAUAGAUGAAAGAACCAAAUGGUGUCUAGUCUAGCUUCUCCAUAAAUAUAAUGUAGAUCAAACAAUGCUCAGUAUUAGUGACAUGAGUAUUCACUAACCUACAUAGGACCCUGAUGGGUGGGGAUUUCCUGUGUAUAAUCCAUUAAUCGGUGGCUAGUGCUUGCUUCCGUGGUUUAGUUGUGUUCAGAAAUAAAAUUAAAAUUUCAGGUUUAUUUCUUCCUAGUUAGGUUCAUUUCUUUUCAGAGAAUGUACUUGUCACAAUACAUGGACAAAGCGAACAUGAUUGGGGUGUGGGAGUGAUUUUGCUUUUGUUCUGCUUUAAGCUUAUAAGCUUUUGCACAUGAUGACAAACCAUUGCCUAAAGUUUUUAUUUGUGUGUAGCUGUAAAUUGUAAGUGACAGUGGUUUUUUUUUAAACCACUCAGUCAAAAAGCUGGGAAUUAAGUGGGUUUCAGUAAUGAUGCUAUAUGCUGAGGUGCUUGCAUUGUAUUUCAUAAUUUUUUCUUGUUAAACUAAAAAUUAUUUUCAUUGAGACUAGUCUUUUAAAGUUCAGAGGUGUGAUGCCAGAAUAUAUUCUCGUACUGUUAGGCCCUUGGAACAUAAACCAGUGCUUUAUGAAAGAUGAAAAAAAAUGCGAUGGGUCUUCACACAAGGUUGCAAACCUACAAAGUAUGCACAGAGUCUCACUUCCCUAAUAAAGAGAUGCGUGUGACUAGAUUUGGACUUUUAACCUUAAUGGGGGUGCAUGUCUCAUUGUUAAUCAUUGUUAGCUGCAGUGACAUGAUCCACAGUCCUGCAUUCACUGCUUUCUCAAUGAUUCUGGACAGGUUUUAGCUGGGAUGUUUGUUCUGGGCCUUCACUUGGUUUUGGCUUUAUCUGAUAAUGAUUCAGGGCUGUCAGCUAGUGCAGUUUUUAAAUGGCUGCCUAUAAGGAAAGAAUUCUGAGGAUUUGAUUGUUCUUAACCAUCUGUCAUUGCUGCUAGGUAAUGAUUGGCAAUUUUUUAGAUUCAACUGUGAGAAUUUCACAGUUGCUGAUAAAAGUUUUUCAUCAACCAUAAAAAUGUCGCUUUGAACACCAGUGCCGAAAAGGAGGGUCUUGGGUUGGUUUUUUUGUUUUGUUUUGUUUUGUUUUUCCUUUGAGGAUGAAAAAGGGGCUGGACACAGAAUAGGUUUAAUCUGGAGAAUGUGGGAAAUGCAAAACGAUAUAGUAUCCCUUAUGGAUGGUACAUGUGCAACAGGGAAUUGUAUUUCAAUUGUACUGGUGGCAGUAACUAGGGAGGAAGAGAAACCUGGAACUCUUAAGGCUGAUAUUUCUGUUUCUUUUGCACUGUGCCAAGUGUAUAGUGAAAGUAAAUAAUCUCUCUCUCCCUCAGAAACGUGGGUUCCUUGCUAUUCCAGUGAGGCAUAGCUUUCCCCAAAUCUAGACUUAAAACUCAGGACUUAGAGGAUAAGGUGCAAAUGCAUAGGAUUGCAGGGAAAGAACUGCAGUGCUGUGUGCUGUGGGAAGGGGCGAAACUCUGGUUAGCUCACCUGAAAAUAGAAGACAUUACUUGAAUAAGGGAUUUGGGAAUAUGUGCUUUUAUAUGAGAAGAGCUGAUAAAACUCACUUAGGUAAACGUUGUCACACACCUUCACAUAAGGGAUAGUAUAUUUUGAGUUGCAGUCAAACUUCCUCGUGCUCAGAUUGGUGAAAAUAGGAGUUAGGCUUUUGCAUUUUAAAGAACAGUUUUCAUUCUCAUUUUAGUGUCUUUAAUACUUAAAGCAUAAUUUUAGAUUUUCCCCCCUCCCGUGAAGUUUCUUCCUAUUUUUUUAUGCUGUAACUUAUCCCAAUCUUUAUCUCUGGAAUUUUACUCUUUAAAUUUUGAAGUAGCAUUUUCAGGCCUUUAUUCUCUACCUUUGUCUUUCAUACUAACUUUUUCUUAUUAUUCUUUAGGUGAGAAUGAUUGAUGUUGGCUGAUAUAGGAGUUCUCAUUCACUUCAAAUGGAUAAGGCACUCUUCAAGACACCACUCAACAUGGGCCACCUGUGAAGGAAAGUCACAAGUUGCUAGACUGACAAAGAGUCUAGGUAAGGAUCAGGUGAGCUGUGUCCAGAAAACCAGUGAAGAUGAACAUAAAGAAGGAAUGAAUAAUAUAUCAACUAAUAAAUAUUUUAAAUUUUGA